GCCCCCACCCUUUCAGCCCUGAGGCGGCGGCGGGUGUCCCGCGGGUGGGAGGCGGGCCGCUUCCCCCGGCGGAGGGAUCCCGAGCCCACGGAGCCGCCGGCCGUGGGGCCCCGCCUGCCGGGCCUGCCUUGGGAGGGUGCUCCGAGGGCGGAACACCCUGAGGCCAGCGGCAGCCUCCGCACUCCCGCCGUGCCGAGCCUCCCGGGAGCGCCGCCGGGAGCGGCGCUGUGGGCAGCGGCGGCACGGAACAGUGCUCGCCCCAGCCCCGCCGUGCCCUCCUCGCUCGCAGAGGCUGCGGCGGGCGCGGGGCCAGGCGUGCCGCAGCGUUGAACAGUUGCCGCCAGCACGGAGCUCUCUUCCCCAUGUAUACUCCAUAUGGUUCUGCAGACCCAAAGGUUAAAGUGAAAAUACCUUUUGGAAACAAAUAUCUUGAUGCUAUCUUUUCUGUCCCAGAGAAGAAAUCAAGAUAUGGGGUGAUUCUUACCCAUGGAGCUGGAGGAGAUAUGAAUUUCCCUCACUUAGUGUCUCUGGCAGCCUAUCUUGCAUCCCAUGGAGUUCUGUGCCUGCGGUUUACUUGUAAAGGCCUUAACAUUGCUUAUAGGACUAAAGCCUUCAAAACAGUUGUGGAAUAUUUAAAGCUUUCUGAUGAUUAUAAACUUUUGGGUGUCUUCCUUGCAGGCCGGUCCAUGGGCUCACGAGCUGCUGCCUCUGUGAUACGCCAUCUUAGCCAGGAGGAUGAUGAUGACUUCAUUCAAGGUCUAGUGUGUUUAUCUUACCCAUUGCAUCGACCAAAACUUCAGUCCAAGCUCCGGGAUGAAGAUUUAUUAUUCAUCAGGUGUCCGGUGUUGUUUGUCUCAGGAUCAGCAGAUGAGAUGUGUGAAAAACAAUUGCUAGAAGGUGUGGCAAGCAAAAUGAAAGCCCCUAAAAAAAUCCAUUGGAUUGAUAAAGCAAACCAUGGGAUGGCAGUCAAAGGACGAACAACAGACGAUGUCAUGGAAGAAAUAAAUGCACAAGUUUUUUCUUGGCUUAGAGAGAAUAUUGAACUGGAGCACAGAUGAUCUGCAGUGUAUAAGCAGUAUUUUCAUUUAGCUUUUCCUAAAUACAGGAAGUCAGAGUUUGUUAUUUCUGAGAGACAUAUUUUAGAACAGUUAUUUUUCAGAGGUCUCUGUGUAAAUGCAAAUAAAACAUUUUUGUGUGAAUAAAAAAAAUUAUGUAAAACAUUAAAGAACUUUUUAAAGGA